UGGCAGUUCUUUUAUUGUGUUUGUUGUGAGACUGCGGAAAAAAUUUAAUUUUAAUUUUAAUUUUUAUUUCUGCCAAAUAAAGCAACAAAAUGGGCACCAAACGACCCAAUACAAGCGUGGUACUUGCCCAGGAGUCAAAGCGCAGUAAAAGCGACCUGGUGGCCUACACAAAUCGGGACAAAGCGCUCCUGGAGUCGGUGUAAGGCGUACUUCCAACCUGCAGGCGCCCAUAAUGCAGCUAGAGGGACAUGAGGGCGAGAUCUUUACCACAGAAUUCCAUCCCGAAGGCGAGUUACUGCUCUCCUCCGGCUUUGAUAGGCAAAUUUAUAUCUGGCAGGUUUACGAUGACUGCGAGAACGUUAUGGCCAUGUCGGGACACAGUGGCGCCGUAAUGGAGGCUCACUUUACGCCCGAUGGCUCGCACAUCUUUACCUGCUCCACGGACAAGACCCUAGCUAUUUGGGACAUUGUCACCGGGCAGCGUCAGAGGCGUUUCAAGGGUCACAGCAACUUUGUGAACAGCGUCCAGGGCUCGCGACGUGGCCAGCAGCUGCUCUGCUCGGCAAGCGAUGAUCGCACCAUCAAGAUUUGGGAUGCCCGAAAGAAACAUGCUGCCCACACACUCGAAUCACCGUACCAAGUGACAUCCGUGUGCUUUGGCGAUACCGGAGAGCAGGUCAUAAGCGGUGGCAUCGAUAACGAAGUCAAGAUUUGGGAUAUACGAAAGCAUACUGUACAAGCUGCCCGGACACAAUGGCAGCGUCAAUGAUGUGGAUUUUAGUCCAAAGGAGCCGCUUAUACUCUCCGGCUCCAGCGAUAAGACCUUGUAUCUGGGCGAGAUUGACGAUUGACGACGACUGGCAGAUGAGCCCGAGAUGCAUGCUCUCUUGGACACGCCUUUGGAGAGCAAGUAGAGUUCGGUUUAAGGAUUAAAUAUAACAAAAUAAACUAUUUUAGCAAUAAAUCUUGGUUGCUAAAUGCUAAAAA